AAGAGAAGGAAACUAAUGAAUAGAAUAGAGGAAGUGGAAGAACAAUCAACGCCCUCACUUAUCAGAAUCUUAUUUGCCUCCGCCGUAAUAAAUUGCUCAAAAAACUCUUGGAAGCUCCGAAAUAGGCUUAGCUUUCAAGAGAACUGAUUGGAUACUUUAGAUGAUUUUUGCAGAUCAAUUCAUCUAACUAGGAAAGAGAGAGAAGAGAGGUUAAAUGAAGUAGAAAUGGAAGCCAAGGGUGCGCCUGAUGAGCUUAGAAUUCACAUACAAUGAUACAAAACAAAACUGUCACCGUUAUGUCGUCGGAGAAGCGCCUCCUCACUCCUCCGUCGAUCUCCUUCAAGUCUGAGUAUCUCAUCUCUCAAUCUGACUCUUUCUCUGCGCUUCCUCUGAUCUGAUCUGUUUGGUGAACCCGAUCGAGUUUAUUCUUCUACCGUGUGCUUCAACUUGUUGCAGUGCUUCCUUGGAGGGAACGAUGUGUUUCGUCGGACUUCUUGUCUUCUCGACGGUUGUGGCGAGGAACGACGGGAACUACGCCUUCCACGAUGCCUUUCUAUCCUCAUUUCCUCAUACCGCGUUUCUAUAAUUUCUGCGGAAGAAAUGGCUACCAACUUUUGGACAUCGUCUCAUUAUAAGCAGCUUGUAGACCAAGAAGAUGUGGAUAGGGUAAACCCACUCGACAAGGAAAAGGGUAUCACACUUGAGGAUUUUAAGCUCAUAAAGAUGCACAUGGCUAAUUAUAUCUCAAAAUUGGCUCAAAAUGUUAAAGUUAGGCAGAGGGUUGUUGCUACUGCAGUUACAUACAUGAGACGUGUUUACACAAGAAAGAGUAUGAGUGAGUAUGAUCCACGUCUGGUGGCUCCAACCUGCUUGUACCUGGCAUCAAAAGCAGAAGAAAGCACAGUGCAGGCUAGGUUGCUUGUAUUUUACAUUAAAAAAUUAUAUUCUGAUGACAAGUACCGAUUUGAGAUCAAGGACAUACUUGAAAUGGAAAUGAAGAUUUUGGAGGCACUUAACUAUUACUUGGUUGUUUUCCACCCUUAUCGUUCAUUGUCUCAGUUGCUCCAGGAUGCUGGGUUGAAUGAUAUCAGCAUGACUCAAAUAACAUGGUGAGAAUUCAUUGAUUUUGAAAUUAUUGGAGUAGCUUAUGGCC